AUGCGCUUCUUGAUGUUACAUGGAGGCGGUACCAACAAUCAGAUCUUCGAGCUGCAGACAGCUGCGAUCCGCUAUGAGCUUGGACUUCAGACUUCGUUCGAGUUCGUUGAAGGCUCCAUUCCGGCGCUCAGAGCCCCAGGCAUCGAGUCGCUUGUGAGGCCAGGAGACAAUUUCUUCGUCUACUUUGUGCCUGGAUCAGCCGACACAAUCUUGAAGGCCGUGGAUGAUUUGCAAGGCUACCUGGACCAGGACGGGCCGUUUGACGCCAUCUUGGCGUUCUCGCAGGGGUGCAGCCUCGCUGCAACAUGGUGUUAUCGGGCGCAACAGCUGCAGCACAUUCCAGUAAAAGGCAUAGUCUUCUUUUCUGGCGAGCCCGCGCAAAGCCUUGCGGGUCUCGCACGCGGAGAGGCCCGAGACCUGGACCCUCGCUCCGAGGAAGGGGCUCUGCGCGUGCCCACAGCGCACGUGUGGGGGGUGAAGGAUGUCACGAACCCCGAGCGCAACAAGAUGCUCUACGAGCAGUGCGAUGCUGAGAACAGGGGUCCCGUGAUCUGGCACCCAGGAGCGCACGAGCUCCCUGGCUCGGGCAUGGACAAGGCUGUGCAGGAGGUCGUGCAAAGCAUCCGUCGGCUUGUGGGGAGGAAGUGA